AGUAAAGUCUAUAAAUAAGCAUACGCAAAUAAAAUAGCAAGAGCAACUUUCAGUAUAGUAUUCAACCGUUGAACUGGUUGUGCUUUAAUAAAUAUAAUCGCUGAAGAAUAGCUUUCACAAAAAUAGUAUCCAGUAUAGUUAAAAUGCUUUUACAAAGAUUCUGGAGUGCAUCCGGCGACUUUUGGCAAGCUCAAUGGGACAAAAUUUUGGAUAAAUUUGGAGAUGAUCCUGUGACAUUAUGGGUUUACGGAUCCUUAUCUGUGAUAAUUAUGAUUUACUGGGUAUUCGGAGGAAUUUACACCAUCCUAGAUAUCACCAAUCCAGCGGUGCUGCGUAGAUACAAAAUACAGCCUGGUAUGAAUGAACCAGUGGACAAGAAAAAGUUAUGCAAAAUGAUCGUUCAAGUAUUGUUCAAUCAGAUCGUCAUCGGCUUUCUUUAUCUAUAUAUCUGCCAUUAUGUGCUGGAAUGGCGCGGUUAUCCCCCAGUGCGCGAGUUGCCGACUUUUCAACGAAUACUCACUGAAAUUGCGUUUCACAAAUUAUGCCAAGAGAUUGCCUUUUAUUAUUCACAUAGAUUCCUCCACAUGCGCUUGCUGUACAAAUAUAUACAUAAGCAGCAUCACGAAUGGACUGCUCCUAUAGCCGUCAGCGCUAUGUAUUGCCAUCCACUAGAGAAUAUUGGUUCAAAUCUACUUCCGGCUUCCUUGGGUAUACUCAUCAUGGGCUCUCAUGUAGUCACCGCCUGGAUUUGGAUAUUGUUCGCGAUGCUUUCGACGUUGAACCUACAUUCUGGUUAUCAUUUACCGUUUUUACCCUCGCCGGAAGAACAUGAUUUUCAUCAUUUAAAAUCCAAUCAAUGCUAUGGUAUAAUCGGCCUUAUGGAUUGCAUUCACGGCACGCAUUCCGAUACACAAUUUCGCAAUUUACGAAAUUAUGUGCAUUACAUGCUUAAUCUCAUACAGCUUAGGAAAGCUUUCCCGAAUGUAGCAAAAUACAAGUAGAGAGAUCAAAGUAGAGAGGUUUAUUGGCGACUUUGAAAGUUAUAGAUAAUUUUCAAACAGAGGAAUUUUCCGCAUGCUGGACGCAUAUUCGCUCAUUAGUAAUCGGGUUCGAGUCACGACAGACCGUUAUAAUCGAUUUUGUCUAGCUAACGGUAUAACUAAAAAGUUUCUUCUGUAAAAUUAAUUUCAAUAAAUGUACAAUGAAUCUUAAUAAAUCUUUUAAUCAAUAA